UUUGAGCCGCUAUCCAAUCCAGUCAAAUUCAGUGAAACGUCUGAUAUCAACCUCGACCUACAUUUCGUGUUUUUCUUUUAUUCAACUUUAGACUGUCAUUUUUCGAGAUCAGGUCCCGAUUCACAAUGGGAACUAAAUCUUCGCUUAUGCUACAAGAAGAGGAAAUUCAAGAGAUUCAGCAGGAGACUGGAUUUUCAGCAAACCAAAUCGAGCGACUUUACAGCCGAUUUCUGAACUUGGAUAAAACUGACAGUGGCACUCUGAGUCGUGAAGAUUUUCUACGCAUUCCUGAAUUAGCCAUAAACCCUCUUGGGGACCGAAUAGUGCACGCUUUCUUCAUGGAUGCGCACGACGAUCGCAUCAACUUCCGCCAGUUUGUGCGUGUCCUGUCAAGGUUCAGGCCUCUGAAGAAAAACAAAGAGAACAAGUUAAACAGCAGGGAAGAAAAGUUACACUUCGCAUUCAAAAUGUACGACUUGGACGAUGAUAAUAGGAUCUCACGGGACGAGCUGCUUGCAGUCCUGCACAUGAUGGUUGGAGCAAACAUUUCAGAUGAACAGUUGGCUAGCAUUGCAGAUCGCACAAUCAUGGAAGCAGACAAGGAUGGCGAUAAUAUGAUCUCUUUCGAGGAGUUCUGCGCUACUUUGGACAAGACGGAUGUUGAAGAAAAGAUGAGCAUCCGCUUCCUCAACUAGCACAACUACAUCUCGAGCAGAAUCUUAUCCCUUAUACUUGUAGUAUCUCGCACACUAUAGCGACGAAAGUGCAGCCUGCUGUCUUUUGCAGUUCUGCUGCCUUUUAGCUGCUGUUGCUUUUUCUAUUGGGCCUUGUUUCUUGAGAGCAUUUGUAUUUAUAUGUAUGGGAAAUGGAGCUGAAAGACAGAUACUUAAUAUUGAGGAGCGUUUAAGACGUAAUGCCUGCAUUUUGCAUCUAUAUUUGAAGGGCUGCGCUGCUUGUCAUCAGAUAUUGCCUUUGUGACAGACACGUCCAGCAGGUCCAUGUAGUUGUAAAUUCCAGGGAUUUUAUGCGCUGUUUAGGGGUGAGGUUUACAGAGAAUGGCAGGUGUCAUGGUGGGACCAGAAAUGGUUUAUUUUAUGUAAAGAUUCUUGUACAGGUGCAGAAGUUGAAAAGUGUUUGCCUGUAAAGUUGCAUCGUAGAGCAGGUUGUUGCACAGUGUGAAAUGCGAAACAGUUAGAACUGCAGUUGCAUGUGGAUUGGCAACAUGAGAUGUGAUAUAGAAAGAUAAUUUUUAUGUUCAGCCUCGAUGAUAUAACGUGUCCAUAUUGGGAACAACAUUUCUUGAAGUACAGGGUGCCAUCAGAGAAUGCCUUGAGGUUGAUAUUAGCAUAAUCUGAGCUGCUGAGUAGUCCCAUGAAUAGAGAAAGAGAAAAUGUCUUCUUGGUACGGUUCAUCAUUGGGUGAUAGGUACAAAUCUGUUUGCAUUUGCUUGAUUUUCUAUCUCUGCCUUCCGACCUUGUGGCACAAUUUUGUUUCUGUAAGGGUUUCUUCACAUGGGUCUCUUACAACGGUUUCUGUGCAGUGUAGUUUUGCUCGUAAGGGUUAAUGUAUCUAGUACUGUUAUACAACCACUGUUAUAUAGAACAUGCUUUCAAAGGAGGUUUAUUUAAAGUUCCAUUGUUCAUUCUCAUGUAGUGCCCGGUGAAGUUCCUAACCAAGGAGCAGUAUUCCACUGCGUGCUUUAUUGAACCAUAAGAGGGUAUUACUGAACAGAUAUUUUUUUAUUGAGGCAAUAAUACUGGACAACAAUUGGGGGUCAUUAGCUUGUUUGUAUUGCAAUAUUUUGCACAAAAGUAUUUUGUAAUGCAAGAUGGUUGCAAAAUAAAAGUUGCUUACUUAUUAAAUGUU